AUGGCUGAUGAUAAGCGGAUUGUUGAACAAGAUGGUGACGGCUACCGGAACAGAUUGGGUUCCGAGGUCGCCGUGGGAAUCGAUGACAUCAGCGCCAUUCCCAAGGGCGAGACCGACCCCGUAUACGAGGCAAAGGCCAAAGUGCUAAAUCGAGCUAUCCAGGACAUUGGAAUGGGACGGUAUCAAUGGCAAUUAUUCAUUGUCGUUGGCUUUGGCUGGGCUAUGGAUAACCUGUGGCCCAUAACCACAUCGCUCAUUUUCACUCCAAUCACCAAUGAGUUCAACCCAUCGAGGCCGCCAUUGUUGACACUAUCGCAAAAUAUUGGGUUGCUUGCAGGAGCCAUGUUUUGGGGCUUUGGAUGCGAUAUCUUUGGCCGCAAGUGGGGCUUCAACAUCACAUUGGGGAUCAUCUCGGUCUUUGGUCUUGCAUCUGCAGGUUCUCCUAACUUUGCCGCGAUUGGAUGCUUCGCAGCCUUGUGGUCAUUCGGCGUCGGAGGCAACCUUCCGGUUGACAGUGCGAUAUUCCUCGAAUUCCUUCCUGGAUCGCAUCAAUAUCUUCUGACGGUCCUGUCUAUUGACUGGGCACUGGCGCAACUUAUCGCGACAUUGAUUGCCUGGCCACUUCUCGGGAACAUGACGUGCCAAGAAGGCGAGACUUGCACACGGUCUGCUAAUAUGGGAUGGAGAUAUUACGUCCUUGCCGUAGGCGGACUCACUCUUGUCAUGUUCAUCAUCCGAUUUGGAGUUUUUUCAAUUUACGAGUCGCCCAAGUACAACAUGGGUAAAGGUAAGGACGAGGAAGCAGUGCGAAUUGUUCAUGAGGUGGCUCGGCGCAAUGGGAAAACUACGUCUUUAACGAUCGAGGACUUGAAAGCUUGUGAGCUUUUGGGUGGUGGUCAGGCUCAGCAGACUAAUGCGUCAGCUGCAAUCAAACGAAAACUCGCAGCGUUCAAUGGUGAACAUGUGCGUGCGCUCUUCGCGACCAAGAAGCUCGCCUUUAGCACGACGAUGAUCAUGUUUAUUUGGGCGUUUAUUGGGUUGGGAUAUCCGCUCUACAAUGCGUAUCUUCCAUACCUUCAAAGCAUCCGUGGGGCAGAAUUCGGCGAUGGAUCCACCUACAUCACUUACCGCAACCAAGUAAUUAUCGCAGUUCUUGGUGUCCCGGGCGCAAUUCUUGGAGGCUUCUUGGUGGAGAUUCGCAGCUUCGGACGCAAAGGAACAUUGUCACUCUCUACGACUCUCACGGGUGUCUUCCUUUACUGUUCAACCACAGCCCGCAGCUCCGACGCUCUCCUGGGCUGGAACUGCGCAUAUAAUUUCACCAGCAACAUCAUGUAUGCAGUUUUAUAUGCCUAUACCCCAGAAAUCUUCAGAUCACGCGACCGUGGAUCUGGCUCAGCACUUUGUGCUUCGGCGAACCGAGUGUUUGGAAUCAUGGCCCCAAUUGUGGCGAUGUUUGCAAAUCUGGAGACAGUGGCUCCGGUGUAUACAAGUGGAGCUUUGUUCAUUGCUGCUGGAUUGGCGGCGAUUUUCCUUCCAUUUGAGAGUCAAGGCAAGGCUAGCCUGUGA